GCCGUCUCUCGUGCUCUUGUGCCUCCUCUUUCAUUUGUGUGCGAAUAUGACAAGGUUUCAUGACAACAACCUGCUGUCACAGGAUGUGUCACAGGACCCCGCAGUGACCCCGCAGUGACCCCGACCCCCAGCGCCCCGUUUUUCUCCCUGUGCUCGACGCCCUUCCGACUGAGCGCGCCCGAGUGCGGUCAUUACCGGCGCGCUCGCGCGCACACACACACACACACACACACACGAACGUUGGCCGAACCCCACGCAGCAGCGAAAGUAAGCGGGUCGCGUGGGAGGAGUGUCCACCCCUAUGGCGCGAGGCGGGCACAGAAAGAAAGAGGCUGAACCCGCGGGCUCGCGCACACGCGGCGACAGCGCCGCUCGCUCGCCUUCCGGCUACGCUACGGGAUCUCACGCGCGCGCUCCUUCCUUCCUUCCACGCCGUGGCCACCGCCGGGAGCCGCGUUUCUUGGAAAAGCCGCCGCGGCUCCUUCACUCUUUAUUAUUCCUUCAUCUCAGCGUUUCUCCUCUCGAGAGCGCUUUAAACGAGAAGCGCUCCGGCGGUUCCGACACAGACAGAGCCGAGAGCGCGCGCACCUGCCAGGGGUCCACGCGGUGUGCGCGCGCGCCCCGCGUGCCGUGUUUCCAAGCGGGAGAGGAAUCGGGCAGCGGCGCGUGGCUAUUUUUAAACCCCCUGGGAGGUGUGGAGCAGCCUGAGCCCUUCCUUCCCUUCUGGACCACGGUUGGACCACGGUUGGACCACGGUUGGACAGGCAGGUCUCCUCCACCACGGCAUGCAGUCAGCAGCUUCCAUCGACAUGUAGUGCUGGUAUUACUGGCGACCUCCUCAGGUUUCAUCGUGGGGAAAGAGUGUUCAACAAGAAAGAAAGGGUUCGCAACUGAAGACAUAACAAGAUGGCGCCCCCUGCCGACGGCCCAGGAAACAACGCCAGCACCGGGCCGCUCCCGUCCUGCACCUACCAGGAGGACUUCAAGCGGUACCUGCUGCCGGCCGUCUACAGCCUGGUGUUUGCGCUCGGCCUUCCGCUCAACGCCGCCGUGAUCCUGCGCAUGUGGAGAUCGCGCCGCCCGCUCACGCGCAGCGCCAUCUACAUGCUGAACCUGGCGCUCGCCGACCUGCUCUACGUGAGCUCGCUGCCCCUGCUCAUCUACAACUACGGCCGCGGCGACUACUGGCCCUUCGGCGAGCUCGCCUGCAAGCUGGUGCGCUUCCAGUUCUACAGCAACCUGCACGGCAGCAUCCUCUUCCUCACGUGCAUCAGUUUCCAGCGCUACCUGGGCAUCUGCUACCCGCUGGCCACCUGGCACAAGGCGGGCGGGCGCCGCUCCGCCUGGACGGUGUGCGGCGCCGUGUGGGCCGUGGUGCUGCUGCUGUGCGCCCCCACCUUCGAGUUCGCGGCGACCGGCGUGCAGCGCAACCGCAGCGUGUGCUACGAGCUGAGCGAGCCGCAGCGCUCGGCCCACUACUUCCCGUACGGCAUGGCGCUCACGUGCCUGGGCUUCGCGCUGCCCUUCCUGGCCCUCGUGGCGUGCUACUGCAGCAUGGCGCGCAUCCUGUGCCGGGCUGGGGCGGCCCCGGGGCCCGCCGGCGCUCAGCGCCGGAAGGACAAGGCGGUGCGCAUGAUCGCCAUCGUGGUGGCCGUCUUCGCCGUCAGCUUCCUGCCCUUCCAUCUGAGCAAGACGGCGUACCUGUUGGUGCGCACGCUGAGGGGGGUGCCGUGCCCUGUGCGCAACCUCUACGCCGUCGUCUACAAGAGCACGCGGCCCUUCGCCAGCAUGAACAGCGUCCUCGACCCCAUCCUCUUCUAUUUCACCCAGCCGCGCUUCCGCCGGAGCACCAUGACGCUGCUGCAGCGCAUCACCACCAGCCGCGACAGGAGCGCUCACCGCUGACGCCGCUCCGCCUGCGCGACCGCGAGGGCCGGGAUCAAACGGCAGGUUCCCGGCCCCGGGGGUCCGACCCUUCGGCACAGGGAACGCCCCCACCCAGGACGCUGCAAUUGGUCCCGUUCCAGUGUGCAGGAGAGCCGCGGAAGGAGCGCUGAGAACUUGUCCGUUGAAACGCGUUUGCGAAUAAUCGCAAUAUUCAUUAGAGCACGGUACGUGAGUGUACUGGUGCGCGUGCCGUGUUACAGUGUGCACCGCUCUACGGAGGAGCGUCCUGGUGGAGAGGACCGUGCUUCGUCCCGGUUCACCCUGGGGUCAGGUUCGGUCCAAGCGGUCAGACAGAUGCGAAGGAGAAGCCGUGACGCUUCAUUGCGCGAUGAGGGGCAGCAGGUGCCGCGGUCCUUACUGCCGAGUCCUUCCGAUCAAAGGAAAGGACCGCGUUGGACUGCGCCCCUGCUGCCGUACCCUCGAUCGAGGUAUUUAGCCUGUCCUGAUACAGUAAAAAUUACCCUGCUGUACAAAGGGGUAAAUCGGUGUAAGAUAGCAGAGCCAGAUAAAUGAUUUGAGGGACAUAGUGAAAGUUCAGUCAUCCUCUGGACAGAGAGAACACAGAGUGUCUGUGAACAUGGGGACGCAUCACUGAGCCCAACGAGGCCUCCGUCUACGUGUGUUUCCCUCCCCUUUACACGGGAGGGAACCACGUGCACAAUGGACAGAUGUAAAGGCGAUAAGGAGAGAGGCAUGCUGGGAAACGUAGUCCACCUCUGUCACCUGCAAGCCCCACACUGCGGUUAGGAUUAGGACGCCACCACGUGGCUGAGGGUGGGCAAGUGUGAGUUCUGCUUCCUCACCGCCAAAGCCCUGUGCACUGAUCACUGGAAAUGAUGACCUGAAGAAAUAGCGCUGCUCUAUUUCUGCAGUUUCAAGGUGUGUAAUGAAUCACAUGCAAAAGGUCACGGAUAAUAUUUUUGCCUUCGUAAAAUAAAAAAAUAACUGCGUAUCAGGGAAAGAGAGAGAGUGUGUGUGCGUGCGUGUGUAUUCUGAAGGGUGUGUCUUGCUAAAACUGGCCAAAAGCUACUAGUGUAGUGGUUAGAGCUGCUGCCUUUGGGCCCAAAGAACGCAGGUUUGCCUCCCACCUCUGACUCUGGUAGCCUUGAGCAAAGUACAUACCCUAAAUUACUACGAUAAAAAUGACCCAGCUGUAUA